AUGCCUUCCUCGUCCAUGCAGCAGCACAAUGGCUACGCCCACGGCUCAUCAUCGAGGCAUGCUGACCCUCCCUCGUCAUAUUCACGAUCGUCCAGAGAAGAUCGUAGUCAUCGAAGAUCACCAUCUCCAGAGCCGAGGCAUCGUAGCGACACCUACAGAGAUUCCGACCGGCGUCGCUCCAUCGAUCACGGUCGCGAUGAUGACCAUCGAUACUCGAGUCGCUCGGCCUAUGACCGCGCGUAUGGAGAUGAUCACGGACAUGGUCAUCGGGAUCGCGUCGCCUACUCUCCGCCUCCUAGCGAUGACCGCCACUCCAGGUACGAACGCGAUCGCAGGGACGAAACACGCUACGGCCAUUCCAGCUCCAAAAGACAGCGCUCACCCGACCGUUCGGCGAGACCGAGGUCUCCAGAAUCUUCUUAUGGGUGGGGGCACGAUGCUGCUGAACGCUGGAAACUGGAAAGGAAGCGUGAUGAGGGCAGAAGGAUAGACGAUAGCCGGGAUGCACCGCGACCCCGUUGGUCAGAUCGCGCUUAUCAAAACGAUGCGUGGCGCAACGAGCGCCCGGCAUCCCGGUACGAUGACUCGCAUCGCGAUCGUGAAUCCCGCAGAUCCGGGUUAAAUGAUGACUACGAAAGACAGCAUCGCCGAGACGACUAUGCGCGAGACUCGCGAAGUUCCGGCAGAAGACGUGCGACGAGUCGCAGUCGUAGUCGCAGUCAAGACCGCCAUCGAAACCGCAGCCGAGAAGGUCGCCGCGACCAAAGCGGAGAUCGAUCAUAUGCGCCAGACUAUGACAGGAGCGAUCGCAGACGCAACGACCACCUUUCUUCAGCAGAGACGCGCGCGCAUCCCAUCAAGCGCUCUGAAGCCCCAGCGUACACCAAUGGAAGGUCGGAAGACGGUGCGGAGACAGAUCGCAGACAUAGAUCAGAAGCGCUUACUUCUGAUCGAGCUUCAUCAGACCGACGAAGCUUGGUAGCUGCCGAUGCUGCAAGGACCGCCGACAUGGAGCAGGGCGAAAUCGUGCAGAAGGCUCCCCUGACAACAGCAUCUCGUGACGUCGACUCGGUUCGAGCGCCGCGGCUCAACCGGCCUUACGCAGACUAUCGCACUGCAUCUGAUCCGAAUGGUGCUGCGGCGUCUCCUCCACGUGCCGAUCUUUUGCCUGCCAACGGCGCCGCCGAACUUAACACGCCUCUAGUCCUCACGCGGGAAAGCCGUGACUCGCAGGCAUCGUCGACCGGACGGUCAUCUGAGCAAGCUGCCGGCACUGUUCAGAAGGCAAGUCGCGAACUGAAGCAGGACGUAGCCAGACCGCCGCGGUCCUUCGGCCACGUUGAGCUUCCGCACGAGCUUCCACUAGAACGCAGGGCAAAGAAUUACGUGGCAACCGCACCCUUCAAGGAAGGCGUCAAGCCCAUCUACAAGUCAGCUGCGGACAAAAACCUCGUCGAUGCGGAGACCAGAGAUCCACGCAAGGCCGGCAAGAAGUCUGCGCGAUAUCGCGACGCGCUUCACUCCGCCACGUUCAGGUGGGACGCCAACUCGACAGGCAGGAAGCCGCUUCCGCCGCCGCGCAAUCUCGUCUUGACCAACCUUUCCGGGCUUCUGCGACCGCCUGAGAUUCUGCUGCAAGUCUAUCGGCACGGCCGCGUCGAAUCGUCCGAACUCAAAAUCGACCCCAAAAUCGGACAAAGCAUUGGCAUCUUCCGUGCCACGUUUGCACACGACUUUGACGAUCACGGCAAACCGCUCGAGAGCGUGCCAGCAGGACAGAUUCCGCAACACGGCGCCAAAGCGGCGAAAGCGGCUUUCCUUGCGCUGAAUAACCGCGUAAUCGGACAAACACAAGCCCAGGCCUUUCUCGAUCGCGAUGGCGAGGUAUUCGAGGAGAAGGUCAAGGCGAAGCUGGCUGAAAACGAGGCCAUCUUGCGUCGCAAGCUAGCACCCCCACCGCCUCCGUCGACGGGCGUGAGCAGCUCGCCUGCCACGCCGAGCACAGCAAAGCCAAACAUGCCUCCACCCCAGAUCCCUCGCGGGCCGAAAGCCUUGAUGGCAUCUGCGCCUACCCCUUCAUAUGCCUCGUCUUCGCCUUCGGCACGUGCCAACCCGGACCGCUACGAGUAUCCAGCUUCGUCACGCUCGCGGACCAGAUCUAGCUACGAGGAUAGUUGGAAAGUGGCUGCCGGGGAUCCGUAUCAGCGCCGGCGCGACGCAGACGAGUCCAAUGCGUAUCGUGGCAGGGUCUACGACGACUCGACGACCCCGUCAGCGCCGCGAUCUGCACCUCGCAAGAAGAGCAAGUACCCGUCCGCGGAGAUCCUUGGCAAGCUGCAGGAGGAAAAGCGUCCCUACAUCUACAUUCCCAAACCCACAAACUGUGGCAUCGACGCGGAGUCCAUCGAGACGCAACUGAGCAGCACGGAGCCUCUUUGGGUCAGUGAAGGUGACAAGGCCUUCUACGUGGCUUUCAGCACCACCCAAGAGGCCAACAAGUGCAAGCGCGUCAACGAGACCUUGACAAUCGGAGCCUACACGCUGCAGCUCGAAGUCCGCGCAGUACCGUCCCAACAUGCCCGCGGCCAGCUAACGAGACCAGCGAGCAGCGUGUCCGCUACGCGUCCGACUGUUUGCGCGCCCACGCGCGCCGAACAGCCAUCCAAAAAGAUCGACACGGGCUUGCGUCCGCUGACAGCGCAAGAGAAGCAAACGACGACGUGGACUUCAGCAGAGCUCCAGGAAGCUGUCUUCCGCAUGCUGCAAAACGAGCUCGCCGAGACAUUUGUUCGCGAUGUUAAGAGCCGUGUCGUCGGCUCGUACGUGAAUUCCUACCUAAAGCCGGAUAGCGAAGGCGGGAAGAUGCUGGCCAAAGCCACGAUCAAGAAGGCUGUUGCACCAAGCGAGGCCAAAGACCGUGCCUUCGCCUCUUCAGCAGUUCAAGGCGAUGCUCGCUUGCCAUCCUUCCGCAAACUUGCUGGCACCGAACCCAAGAAGAAGCCGUUGAAUGCUGACGCGAUCGCUGCGAAAGCCAAGCUCAAGAAGAAGCACGAUGCGGCACGCAAGUCCAAGUCUCGGGACGUCAGGGAUCCAUCCAGCUCGGACGAUGACGGCGAUGAUGCUGAGCGACAAGUGGCAGCCUCUGCUCGUCACGACAGUCACACUGCGUCCAAAUCGAGCACAAAGAGGCGCGGUGCGGCAGCGUGGCUCCUCGAAGCGUCAGAUGAGGAGGCUGACUCGGACGAUGCGGCUGCUACUUCGAGGUCCGUUUCUGCGUCAGUGGAGCCUGCCACGGCGGAGCAGAUGGAAGGGGCUUCAAGCGCAAAGGGCAAAAAGGGAUCCAAGGUCAAAGUCACGCCUGCUUCAAAGAAGAAGGCUUCGGCCGCCGCUCGUAAAGGUGUCAAAGUGGAAGCUGACAGCGAUGCGGAUCAAGGAAGCGAAGCAGCAACACCGGAAACGGACUUGUCCACAAUAGCCGCCACAAAGUCCAAAAAGAUAGCAAAAGCUCCCUCAAAGGCGAAACCCAUUCCCGCGGAUCCCUUCGAGGCUGGGCUGGUGGAGGAUGGGGAAGACUGCUACUAUCUACGUCUUGCCCUCGACCACCUGGCUCAGACGGGCGAGCUCGCUCGCGAAGACACAGUGGUCGACGAGAUAGAGCUCGAAGCUGAAGCCGAGGAAAACGCCAUCGCCGCUGGAACGAUCCCCAAGCACAGCACUGGCUCUGCGCGCACGGAAGGAUACUACCGCAUCCCACCAGAGCAAAAAGCGAUGCAUCUUCCCGACCGCAACAAGGCGACCGAAGAGGUCGACGGCAGCAGCAAUGCUCACGUCCUGCAGUCGGCGCGAAACAACCGCGCCGACUCGCGACGUCUGGUGCUCGGCAUCGAACAGCAUAAACGCGAAACCGCGACGGAUACGGACAUGUUCAAGUUCAACCAGCUCCGCACGCGCAAGAAGCAGCUCAAGUUCGCCAAGUCACCCAUCCACGAUUGGGGUCUGUACGCCAUGGAGCUCAUCCCUGCCGGCGACAUGGUGAUCGAGUACGUCGGCGAGGUGGUGCGACAGCAGGUGGCCGACGAACGAGAAAAGCAGUAUGAACGACAGGGCAACUUCUCCACCUACCUCUUCCGUGUCGACGACGACCUCGUGGUCGACGCGACGCACAAGGGCAACAUUGCGCGACUCAUGAACCACUGCUGCACGCCCAACUGCAACGCCAAGAUCUUGACGCUGAAUGGGGAGAAGCGCAUCGUGCUGUAUGCAAAGACGGCGAUCCGUGCGGGAGAGGAGUUGACGUACGACUACAAGUUUCAGAGUUCGGCGGAUGAUGAGGAUGCGAUUCCGUGUUUGUGCGGAAGUCCGGGGUGUAGGAGGUUUUUGUAA